AUAUAUCGGUUCCACAUUCAAAGUCGUUACAAAAUUUGACGUUUAAUCUUUACUUUAAUAAAAAUGUAAAUAAUAUAAUAAAUAUUCCAGUUGUAUUUACUAAUCCAGCAGUUCGAAUGAUACUUUAAAAUAUAUCAUAAGAGCUGUUGUGAGUAUUUUAAGCGGUUCUCUCACUCUUUAAAAAACGAUCACGGUGUGUAGUGAACCUAUCGCCUCAAAACCCAGUGAAAUGAGGCUUCCUAAGAAUAGAACGGUCUUUUGGAACUUGGCCAAAAGUUCCCUCCCCCAAAAGACACAAAACAUUAUUUCUAACCAAAUUUUGUUGACGAGAUUUAGCAGCACGAAAAAGAGUUCCAAACAGCCAAAUCUUUUGCCUUACCAUGUCCUGCCUCUUGAGGAAACGUUAACACGAUUUAUGACUAGUGUCGAACCGUUUUUGACGUCAGAGGAGCUAAAACAUCAAACCAUAAUCACCCAAGAGUUUUUAAAAAAGGAGGGAAAAGACUUGCAGAUACUAUUGGAAAAUACUGGCAACAAGGAGAGAAAUUGGCUAGCACACCGUUGGUUGAAAGCUGCCUAUUUACAAUAUCGAUCCCCUGUUACUGUAUUUGUUAGUCCUGGCAUGACCUUUCCUAAGCAACAAUUUAAUGAUGCCCAAUCAUUUAUCGAAUAUACAUCCAAAGUUAUUUUUGGAUUAGGUGAGUUUAAUAACAUGGUUCAAGCAGAUAAGAUUCCAAUCGUUAAGAUGGGGAAACUGGAAUUGGAUAAUAGCCAGUUUGGAAAAGUAUUUGGAACUUGUCGCAUUCCAAAACGAGGUACUGAUGAUAUAGUCUAUAAUCCAUGCGCUGACUACGUUGUGGUUAUCUACAAGAACCAUUUCUACAAGCUGCAUAUAUACGAUUCGAACGGAGAAUUAAUUGCGACCGACUCUUUGGCUGAAGAACUGAAAAAUAUAAUCGCUAAGGAACCGAAAUUUGGUGUACCUUAUGGUGUUUUGUCUACGGACUCAAGAGACAACUGGGCUGAAGCUUAUGAGCACUUAUCAAAUUAUCCUCGCAACAGGGAUGCUAUAAAAUCCAUUCAAGGUGCGAUGUUUACUGUAUCACUUGAUGAGUGCACUAAAACAAAGGAAGGUGAAGACGCCGAAGAGUUGAUAUUAUCAUUAAUUCACGGCAAUGGCAGUAAAGUCAACAGUGGUAAUCGGUGGAUGGACAAAACCAUUCAACUUGUAUUGAACCCCAAUGGGAAUGUGGGGUUUACCUAUGAGCAUUCACCAGCUGAAGGUCAGCCAAUCGCAAUGAUGAUGGACUAUGUAGUUAAAAAAAUAAAAGAAGAUCCGAACUUCGGAAAGGGAGGAUCGACUAACACCACUCCUGCCGAAAAAAUAGAGUUUUGUCCUCUUAAUGAAUGCAUUGAGCAAUGGCUUGUUAUCGCGCAAAAGAACCUUGACAAACUUGUUAAUAAUCUGCAGAUGAAAGUUCUGAAAUUUGAUGGUUAUGGCAAGGACUUUAUAAAAAAACAACGGUUGGGACCAGACAGCUUUAUACAAAUAGCUUUGCAACUGGCCUUUUAUAGAAUGCAUGCAGAACCAGCUGCGCAAUACGAGUCUGCUCACUUACGUAUAUUCGAUGGCGGACGGACAGAAACAAUUCGAUCCUGCUCUAAUGAAUCCGUCGACUUUUGUCGUUCAAUGCAAAACGUAAAAUUCACAGACCAAGACCGUGCUGAAAAACUUCGCAAAGCCGUUGCGGAACACCAACUGUAUGCCAAACUGGCUCUACAAGGAAAAGGUGUGGAUCGUCACCUUUUCGGAUUGAAGUUAAUGGCUCUUGAGAAUGGUCUACCUAUUCCAGAGUUCUUUUCAUCACCUGGAUUUAUAAGGUCUUCAAAUUUUCGAGUGUCUACAUCGCAGGUGGCCACAAAAUAUGAAGCUUUUAUGGGAUACGGGCCGUUGGUAGACGAUGGAUAUGGUUGUUGCUAUAACCCGCGUGAACAUGAUAUUAUCUUGGCCAUAUCUUCUUGGCGAUAUUGUGAGAUUACAGACCCUUUGAAGUUUUCUAACAUUCUUGAAAAAAGUUUUUACCAAAUGAGAGCUGUGCUUGAAAAUUGUUCUGAUACCACAAAAAACUUUUCCAACCCUAAAAGCAAAUUGUAAUACAUAAAAAAAAUUGUAUCUUAACCCUUAUAGGCGCAAAUCGCAAGUUGAAGUCAUAAGGUUAACGGUGAACUUUUUGAAUUAAAAAUGGGGCGAAUAAUGCUGAAUGAA